GGCUUACAGUGUAAUUUUAGGUAAAUGCCGUAACUGUAUGUCAGGGCUGCAAGACUGGGAUCAGUCACUGAUUGUAGAGCGCUCACCUCUUCCUGGAAUCCUUGAAUGCAACUCACAGUCACCAGUGCUGAAAGCACAAGGAAAGAUCAUGAGUGUGGUCCUGAAAGACAGCUCCUUCCUGCAGACCAACAGUUCCAGUGGUGUCCGAGACUUUAAUGAUGGGGAGACAGUGAUAGGUGUCUACCUGUUGCUCCUAGGUUGGCUGUCAUGGCUGGGAAAUGGAGCAAUAAUCUGCCUAAUGUAUAGACGCAGAAAAAACAUUGAUUCUCAAGAUCUGCUGACAUUUAACCUCGCUGUGUCAGAUGCAGGAAUCUCCAUUUUUGGCUACAGCCGAGGAAUAGUGGAACUGUUCCAUGGGUUAGGCAAAGAUGGAUUCUUGAUAAGCACACUCUGGACUUGCAAUGUUGAUGGCUUUCUAAUCCUCCUCUUUGGUUUGAUUAGCAUUAGCACUCUUACAGCAAUCAGCCUUCUACGUUAUGUAAAGGGAUGUCUGCCACACAGAGCUCAUAUAGCAGACAAAAGUUGUGCCUUGGUGACAAUCCUUAUCAUAUGGAUCUCAUCUAUCAUCUGGGCUGGAGCUCCACUUCUAGGCUGGGGCAGCUUCACAGAACGCAGGUACGGCACAUGUGAAAUAGACUGGUCCUUAGCCACAAGCUCCAUCUCAUACAAAUGUUAUGUCAUUGGCGUUUUUCUUUGGGGAUUCUUCAUUCCUGUGGCCAUCAUGGUCUUCUGCUAUGUAUCAAUCAUCAGAGUUGUUCACGCAAGUCACAGGAACUCCAAGGGAGGGGAGAUCAGUCAACGGCAACAUACCAUGGAAAGAGACAUCACACGGAUAUCCUUUGUUAUCUGCACAGCAUUCCUCCUUGCCUGGUCUCCUUACGCUGUUAUUUCUAUGUGGUCAGCUUGUGGCUAUCAGGUACCAGCACUUACCAGUGUAGUGGCCACACUGCUUGCCAAGUCAGCAAGCUUCUACAAUCCCAUAAUAUACCUAGGCUUGAGCCCAAAGUUUCGACAAGAUCUACGGACUAUGAUGUGCUGUUUUCAGCCAGAGAAAGAUUUACCUGCAAAGUGUGAAAAAGUAGCAGUUAUCUACGAAGUAAAGAAGAUGCAACCAGAAGAUCACAUUCAGAAUUCUAGAAGAAUAGAGAAAAAUACACUGCUGACUAAUAAUUUUUUGUCACAAAGGACAGACGUGGGUGAAUCCCCUCAUGUCUCUGAAAUUGGACAAAAAAGGGAUAUAAUUGCCAACUUCAAGAUGGACAUUACAUGCAACUUUGAGACAGGACAAAAAAUACCAAUGUAGAUUACAUCUGGUUCAUACAGAUCAGAUGAUUGUAUGAUUCUGAUGUAGAGGUGAUUUUUCUAUCGGUAAUUGAUAUUGUAAGUGUCCAUGACCUAGAAGCUUCUAGAAAUUACAUCCUUGGUCUGUUUGAUUUAUUUCUCCUUGCUCUUUGAUGAUUAGCUGAGUCAACCUUGUUAAUAUCCAAAAAUAGAGACAAUGGGACAAUUCUGGAAAGAGGGGUAACAUAUAUUCUUUUAACCAAAAAUGUUUAGGUUCUAAAUAUAUGAUUAUCUUUACUUCUAAAAUAAAAUAUAUGACAUUUCCAUUAA